AUGCAAACAUUGGGAGAAGUUGAACUUUGCUUUCCACAACUGCUGAAUUCAUCUUGUAGGAAGUCAAAGUACCCUUCCUCUGGAUCUAUGCUCACUUACGUUACACUGUCCUCCGUCUCUCUGCUUACUGUGGCUCUUAACAUGCUGGUUAUACUUUCCAUCUCACUAUUCAAGAAGCUCCACAGCCCCACCAACCUGUUCCUCCUCUCUCUGGCGGUCUCAGAUUGCAUGGCAGGCUUCCUCGUUUCUUUUCAAAUCAUGCUCAUAGACGGCUGCUGGUAUCUCGGUGACCUUGUGUGCGCCCUGUAUUUUGUGUUGGACUAUUCUGUGACGUCUGUAUCAAUAGGAACUAUGGUUCUCAUUUCUGUUGACCGCUAUGUGGCCAUUUGUUACCCUCUUUAUUAUUCUAGAAGAGUCACCGAAGAAAGGGCAAAGGUAUGUGUUGUGCUAAGUUGGACAUUAUCUCUUCUUUAUCAGUGUCUUCUCCUGAAGGACAACCUGAAUCAUCCUGGCAGGUAUAAUUCCUGUUUUGGAGAGUGUGUAGUUGUUGUUAGUGACAUCGGAGGAGUAUUUGAUCUGUUUGUGUCAUUUAUUGGUCCUGUCACUGUCAUCAUAGUUCUGUAUCUGAGAGUGUUUAUUGUGGCUGUGUCUCAGGCUCGUUCCAUGCACGCUCAUGUUGCAGCCGUCACAUUUCAGAAAUCAGUGAAAGAAACAGCCAAGAAAUCUGAAAUGAAGGCAGCUCUGACCCUCGGGGUUGUAGUGGUUGUGUUUCUUCUAUGUACAUGUCCGUAUUUCUGUGUUACAUUAAUGGCCCAGAACGCAGGGGUCAGUGCUUCGUCCGUGGCCUUUCUUCUGUUUUAUUUGAACUCCACUCUGAACCCGUUGAUUUAUGCACUGUUUUACCCCUGGUUCAGGAAAUCUGUUAAACUAAUUAUAUCUCUUCAGAUCCUGAAGCCUGGCUCCUGUGACACCAACAUGUUGAACCACUGA